AUGUCGCCGCGGCGGAGGCGUUUCAUCCUCACGGCGCUCGCCGUUGCCGGUGUGUACGGUGGCUACCAGUUCUUCCAGUCGGAGUACCUCAGGCGGCGCCUGCGCCAGGUGCAGCAGCAGGUGGAGGCUCUCUACUCCUCCGUUGGCCACGUUGCGGACGCGGCAGGCGCCGUUUCGGAGAUUUGGACGAUCCUCUCGCAAGAUAUCGCGGACUUCCUCGUGUCGGGGCAGACGGACGUGCCCGGGACCCUGCGUCAGGCGUCGCGGCUGGUCCAGAGUCCAGAGGGCGUGGCGGGACUGGCCGCCAUCGUGCAGGCGUUGAUGCGCGCCUUCGAGGGCGCCGCGCAGGCCACGGACGAAGCUGCGACUAGCGCGGACGGCGGCGCUCAGCAGCCUGCAGGGGCCCCUCAGCCGCAGCGGUCGCCUGUGGAGACCAUACUGGACGCGCUGCUGUCCGACAGAGGCCGCACUAUAUUGGAGCUCGUGGUCAGUCGUGUAGCGCGGGAGAGUGCGCUCGUCAUGGCGCAGCAGAUGGCCACGACCGAGUCCCCCGGCGUCGGCGAGGGCCUCGCGUCCUGCCUCGCGGCCAUCGCGGACCCCGUCCACAAGGAGGCUAUCAAGGAGAUUGUUUCGUCAGCGGCGGCCGCCGCCGUCGACGCGUACGUGCGGGCAGGCACCGCCCCGCCCGCGCACGUCGCGGCCGCCGCGUCCCCGGCCCGUCCGCCGGCGCACCAUCCGGCGCGGUACGACGCCGCGACCCCCGCAGCCACCCACAACGCUGCACCUCCGACGCCGCAGCGCUCCCCAGCGACGCGCUUGGCGCCCCCGGCCGCGUGGACGACCCCGGCGCGGUACGACGCCGCGGGCACGGCGGCGAGCGCGCCCUUCUUCGACGUCAACGCCGCCACGCGGUCGCCAACGGCGGACAGCGUGUGCGGGCCUGCCAGCGUGCCCGCAAUGUCGCACUACGCCUCGCAGCGCACGCCCGGGGAGGCGUCGUCCUCCGGCGCCACGACCGCGACGCCCGGCGCCUCGCACACCCCCUGGCAGCCGCCGCCGCUCCCACAGCCGUACCACGACGCCACUGCUGCCGUGUCGCCAGCGCGGUGCCCCAGCAGCGAGGCGGAGAGCGUGCCGCCGGCGUCGCUGCAGCGCGCGGGCGGGAGCGAGGCGGCAGCCGCUGUUGCCGCUGGAGCGCAGGCUGCGAAGGGGGGUUGGGCGGCGUGGAUGGAGGAGCUAGCGGUGCUGGCGCGGAGCCCGGAGGCGCGUGGGUUGGUGGUGGAGCUGGCGGGGUCGUGCACGCGGGAGGCGGUGGUGGCGGCGAUGAGCACGGUGGGGCUGCGGUGGUGGCCGCGCGGGCGGGAGCGGCGGCCUGGCGCGUCGUGGUGGAGGGCGGCAGCGACGUCGGCGGGGCUGUGGGCGGGCAGCGCGGCGCUCGCUGGGUCGAAGGCGCGCGUGUGA